AUGACUGAACUCAGCCGCACUCUACCAGCUUCAUGGUAUACCAAUGAAUCGCUUUAUCAGAUGGAGCGAAAGGCAGUUUUCAAUAAAUCUUGGUAUCUGCUUGGUCCAGUGACCAAGUUCCAGACUGUGGGCGAGCAUUACGAGUAUGAACACGCGCAGCAACCCAUAUAUGUUGUUCGUACUUCUGGUGAUGCUUUGAACCCAACAGCCGAGGAGCUGAAGGUGUUCCACUCGAAAACAGGCAAGGAACUGCGUAGCCACCUCACUCCUACCGGUCUGCUGUUUUCGACCAUUUCCGAUGAAGCUCCUAGCUUCCACGAGUUUUUCCCUGAAAUUGAGGAGCUACUCGCAAAGGUCGACUUCACCAAACUGCCUUUCAGGCACAGCAUCAAAUAUGAAGGCCGCUUCAACUGGAAGACUAUGGUUGAUGGGUAUCAGGAGUGUUUGCACUGUCAAUACACUCAUCCAUCAUUCUCCAUAUAUUAUCCACCCACUUUCUAUACCGUGAAGAACUCCCACAAUUUCAGUCAACACAUCGCCGAUCCCAAGAAGCCGGAUGACGGACUAUUCCUGUAUACCUUCCCUAAUUCCACGAUCAACGUGUAUGGAGGCGGAAUGUCUUCUUUCCGAGUCUGUCCUACUUCUGAUCCCAACGUGACUCGCAUGGAGUUUGACUACUAUCAUUUGGAGUCUGGCAAGAAGUUUGACGAGUACUACAAAUUUGUGCGGCAGGUCGCGCAUGAGGACUUCGAGCUCUGUGAGAAAGCCCAGUUCAAUCUCACACAGGGUGUUUACCAUGAGGGGAUCCUGAACCCCGAGAAGGAAAAUGGUGUCUCUUAUUACCAGCAACGAGUAUUCGACAUGGUCUGCGAACAACACAAACUGGACCGUGCAGCCAAAGAGAACGCCGAGAAAGGAUUGGAAGAACGAGCUGCGCCAGCGAUGGUGCCGAUGGAAGCGUAG